CGCGCACUCUCCGUGUGCUUACUGCUGUGGUCCGCAAGUGAGUUUCGUGGGCUGGUGAGAGGGCAGUCCCUCGGAGGGCAGGGGCGCCAUGUGCCGCGGGGGGUCGCGCAGGUUCCUGCUCCUGUACGCCACGCAGCAAGGGCAGGCGAAAGCCAUCGCCGAGGAGAUCGGGGCGCAGGCGGCCGCGCGCGGCUUCUCCGCAGACCUUCACUGCAUGAGCGAGUUGGACAAGUACGACCUGAAAACCGAGACGGCUCCCCUGGUGAUGGUGGUCUCCACCACGGGCACUGGGGACCCACCUGACACAGCCCGCCCCUUUGUGAAGAAGAUCCAAGACAGGACGCUUCCCAUCGACUUCCUGGCUCACUUGUGGUACGGACUGCUGGGUCUGGGAGACUCCGAAUACACCUACUUCUGUAAUGGGGGGAAAAUCAUAGAUAAACGACUGCAAGAACUUGGAGCCCAGCAUUUCUACGAGACUGGGCAUGCAGAUGACUGUGUGGGUCUGGAGCUUGUGGUGGAGCCAUGGAUCGAAGGACUCUGGGCCGCCCUCACGAAGCACUUUGCAUCCAGCCGCGGGAAGGCAGACGGGAGUGAAGCCCCCGAGGGGAAUCCCAGCACCCCCUUGACCUCCCCUGUGAUGCCAGCACCUGUCUCCAUUGAGGCCCAGACCCAGCGCCUGAGUCUGGAUGAGUCUGCAGGAAGUGGUGCUCAGGCUUUAGAGCCAGAUGCCGUGGAUGGCGGUCAGACCGGCGCCCCAGACAGCAUGCCCGAGCCCUCCCUCACCCGCUCGGGGCCUCCACUUGCACUGGCCACGCUCACCAUCCCGGCCCCACCCCCCGAGUAUUUGCAGGUGUGUCUGGAGGAGUCACCUGGACAGGAGGAAAGCCCUGUGACGUCUGUGGACGGGGCAGUUCACGUUCCAAUCACGAGGGCGGUUCAGCUCACCUCCAACGACGCCGUGAAGACUGCGCUGCUGCUGGAGCUGGACGUCUCGAAAUCGGCCUUUUCUUACCAACCUGGAGACGCCUUCUUCGUCAUCUGUCCCAACAGGGACGCCGAGGUCCAAGACCUGCUACGGAGGCUGCAGCUCACUGCGCAGAGCGAGCACCGUGUCCUCCUGGGGAUCAGGGCAGACACACGCAAGAAAGGGGCGGUGCUGCCUCAGCACAUUCCCAGGAGCUGCUCUUUGCGGUCCAUCCUCACAUGGUGCCUGGAGAUCCGAGCCAUCCCCAAGAAGGCCUUUCUGCGUGCCCUGGCGGACUGCACCAGUGAUGGCGCUGAGAAGCGGAGGCUGCAGGAGCUGUGCAGCAGGCAGGGGGCCGCCGACUACAGCCACUUCGUGAGGGAUGCCGGCCUGGACCUGCUGGGCCUGCUGCACGCCUUUCCGACCUGCCGGCCACCGCUGUCCCUGCUGCUCGAGCAUCUGCCACGGCUUCAGCCCAGGCCGUACUCGUGCGCAAGCUCCAGUCUGGCCCACCCAGGGAAGCUCCAUUUCAUCUUUAACAUCGUGGAGUUGCUGCCCGGCUCCCCAGGGGCCACCCCGCGCAGGGGCGUGUGCACAGGCUGGCUGGCCACACAAGCCGCCUCAGUGCUUCAGCGAGGGAAGCACGUAUCCCCUGCAGACGCAGACAGCGGGGAGGCCCCGGCCCCACAGGUCUGCAUUGCUCCUCGGGCCAUGAGCACCUUCCGCCUGCCGGAUGACCCCACAGUGCCCAUCAUCAUGGUGGGCCCGGGCACCGGUGUCGCCCCCUUCAUCGGCUUCCUGCAGCACAGAGAGAAGCUCCAGCAGCAGCUCCCAGGCCACAGCUUUGGGGCCACGUGGCUGUUCUUUGGUUGCAGACACGGGGACAGGGACUACCUGCUCAGGGAGGAGCUGAGGCGCUUCCUGAAGCUCGGGGUCCUCACUCACCUGAAGGUGGCCUUCUCAAGAGAUGCCCCGCCAAGUGAGGGUGCAGCCCCGGCCAAGUACGUGCAGGACAGCCUGCAGCUGCACGCCCGGCCGGUGGCCAGACUCCUCCUGCAGGAGAAUGGCCGCCUCUACGUGUGCGGAGACGCCAAGAACAUGGCCCAAGACGUGAACAACGCCCUGGUGCAGAUCCUGGGAGCAGAGGCCGGCCUGGGGCAGCUGGACGCCAUGAAGAUGCUGGCCACUUUGAGGGAGGAGCAGCGCUAUCUGCAGGACAUCUGGUCGUGACAGCCAGACUCUGGCCGGAAAUGCCUCAAGCCAGGCCUGUUGAAGCCUCGGCCCCACCCCACCCCACCGCCAGGCCCCCUGUGGUGCCUGUGUCUAGAUCAGGACUGGCUGGGCAGCUCCUGGGGCCUGUGAGCUGAUGCUGGGAGUGUCAGCUGACCAGCUGACCCAACCCUCUCUGCUCUCCAAGGACUCCGGCUACAUGUUUACACUGUGUGUGAACGCCACCAAUAGAAGUUAGUGUCACUUUGUGAAAUGGCUAUUUAUUACCCAAACACUUUCUGAUUAAAGUAUUCUCAGG